AUGGCGCAGGAGGCAGAAGUUGCAGGCGCGGAUCGACAGCAAGGUGAACUUCCCACUGCUGAGGAGGUGCUUGCAAAUCCGUCCGAUCAAGAGGCCCUGGAGCUCGGCUCGCGGCGGACUGUAACAAUCACAAACCAAAGCACUUCGAGGACGUAUCGAUGGUGGAAGAGACAUAUCUCCAUGAGCGUCCCUCACGUUACAUGCCGUGACCACUUGGCCGUAAUAGCGAACGAAAGGACGUUUUUGGGUUACCUGCGAACAGCUCAGGCAUUUGCUAUGGUAGGAGUGAUUCUCGCCCAAGUCUUUCGAUUAAACCACAGUCUCCAUCCAAACCCGCACCUGGGCUUCUUUGUCGUCGGUGUGCCGCUGUCGUGCGUUUGCCAUGGCGCCGCUGUUCUUGUCUCUGGUAUUGGCGCCCUGCGAUUCAUUCGGCAUCAAAAGACAAUGGCUCGUGGUUAUAGUCUAUCGGGGGGGUGGGAACUGACGAGUAUCGGGAUGCUAACCACUCUGAUUCUCCUCAGUAUCUUUCUCCUGACGCUGAUCAUAAGCAUCGACAAAGGUUGA